AUGCCUCUAGAUCAUCAAGAAAAGACUACAUCAGCCCAGGAGAAGACAACACAAGUCUCGCCAAAGUCCACAGAACACCCAGAAGAGACAUCAACCAUAGAGAAAACCACAAAGAUCUCCAAAACUCCUAUCGUGUACCCAAAGAAGACCACACUGACCACUGAGACCACAAAAAUCCUCGUAAAAUCCACAAAAACCCCAGAAAAUACAGCACCAGCAGCAAUCACAGAGACUACAAGACGUACAGUCAAGGUCCCAGGAGCCACAUCAGGUGCCUCUCCUCAUUUGAACACAACUGAGGUCACCCAUCAAGAGUCGGCUGGUUCUUUGCCAUUCACCACCUCUGGAAUGGACCACAGCUCCAUCACGUUAGAAGCCCCAGGCAGUAAGAGUCACCCACAGCAGAGUAGCGGUGCCUCACAGACAGGCCCCUACACUGGAGAGAAGGGGGCAAGCGAUUCAUUCCCUGCAUGGGCCAUAGUUAUUGUGGUCCUGGUGGCUGUGAUUCUCCUGCUGUUGUUCUUUAUUCUAAUCUUCUUGGUCUCCUUUAUGACUCGAGUACGCCGUGCCCUGACCCGGAACAUGGAGGACGAUGGCCUACAGGAUCACGAGGGCCCCAAUUCCUACCCAGUCUACUUGAUGGAGCAGCAGCAUUUGGGCACGGGACAGAUCCCUUCCCUGCAAUGAUCUUUUAGCAGGCACCCAAUCCCAGCUCUUCCAGGCUCUACCACUCCCCUGGAUGAUGAGUCAGACUCGCAAUUCCUAUUUCCUGGACUCCAGGAAGGGCAGAGAAUCCUGACAGUGGACAGCAUUAAUCCGACAUCAGCCUUGUUCUCAGUUGAAACUGGUUGGAGGAUGAGGUGAUUAUGAAGGGUGUAAGUUCUGGGGAAUGAGAAGAAAGAAUUAUUAACACAAGCAAGUGUUCCCUGGAGAAGGUGACGAUGGAGAAUACGAAGGUGCCUUGCGGACGCGUGGGGUGGGGACCAGCACGGGUGCCGAGUCCUGGGCCGGGGAGGGCGACCCCAGGUCCCACUGACUUGAGAGUGGGGAUUUGGGGAAGCAGAGAAAAUGAGGCCAGGGCUCCCAGCUCCGGGACUGACACAUGUGACUGUCUUUUGUCACCUAGACUUGUCUCUCAGUUCCUAGAAAACUUGCCUUUCCUUCUUCAAUGGAACCAAACCAAACCAAACCGGAUCUAAGCAGAAAAGAGGAUUACAAUACUUCCUUCUCCACUAUCUCUAUUCUCGGAGAAAGGAAUAUCCUGGAAAUAAUCAUAAGUAUCUCUCAUUCAGAUGGUUCCUCUCUUCUCCUGAAUCUCAGUUUCCCCAAAUGUCAGGGUGGGUUUCCUGCUGGUCUGGGUGGGCGCAGGGCGGGGACUUGCUUUUGGCCUGGGUGUCACCCACCCUGGCUGCCUUCCUCACCAGAAGCUAGCCUGGGGUUCAUCUGCCCCGCACCUGUGCCCGGCUCCGUGCUCCCCUGGGCGUUUCCUCUGCGUGUGCUUUAUGGAUUUUCUCACGCAUUGUAGCCUUUCACCUACGAGCGAUUGGGUAGAGAGGAAAGGACAGCAACAGAUCAUUUCCUUCUUUGGGAUUUUUUAAAAAAUAAAAUGCAACAUAUUUAUAAAGUAAGGACUCAGAGGCCCAUCUUUGGGGGAACGGACUGUUCAGCUCUGGCUGGGACCUUAGGGAUGGCCCCGGGGAGGAGGGGCUGGAGAACAGGACAGGACAGUUCUUCGGAGCCCAAGGGAGGACGGCUGGGUUUCUAUUGUAAAGGCAGUUUCUGGGUUUAGAUAAGAGCCCGUCUCAGUUUACUCGUACGAUCACAAAGUGAGGGGGCAAAUGUGUUGUUUAACAGUGUUUAGAUACCCAUUAUAGCAUCUGUUGAGGAUAUAAAGAAAUAUAAGAUGGAGUUCCCAUCCGAGACAGGAAUAUAGGAAAAUUAAAAUUAACCCACAACAGUUGUCACAAGGAAGUGCAGGAUAAAAUAAAACAAUACCCCAAUCACUGAACCCAAUAUUUAUGAGGAGCGACCAGAGCCCUGUUUAUGUGAGAACACCAGCCCUGCUCUGCAACCGUUCUGUGCCCACGCCUCAGUCCCAACGGAGCCCUGCCCACCUCCCACACGGGCCUGGCUGUCACUCUCGGGGUGGCGCCGUCGCAGGGAGGAGGGCUAGGGUGCCACACUCGGGCCUUCCAACACUGACUCCACCUGGAAUCCACCAGCAGGGCCACUGGUCACCAUGUGCUACUUUGGGUGUCCCCUCGUGCAGAAAGGGGACACCUAUCCCAGUCCGUACCCUCAGCCUGACAUGGUGUCACCCGAUUCUCUGGCUCUGGUGGGGCUCCCUCAGGCUGAGGGUCUCUCUGCGUCCCCCUUUGCUGGGAACAGAAUAGGUCUCAGAAAGGAGGCCCAGGCGCCCAGCAACCCAACAGGUCCCUGGGGCACGGGAAACAUCCAGGUCCUGGAAGAGGGCUGAGGAGCCUGAGGGAAGCA